GUUACUGUUGCUAAGGCCUGUCGGAUUUAUCACGGCACUACCACUGUCUAUAACUGCACCCCCUGGAGAAGUCUAAUUUUUAGAAAAAUGAAAAAAGCAAUGUCAGAACAGAGACAGAACGGUUUGUAUUAUACCAUUAUACAUUUGAAGGUUGUUUUCAGGCUGUCAAACUGACAUGAAACAGAUAAAGAAGGAAGCUAAAGCCUACCGAUCACAGAGUAAAAGUGAACCACCGCAUCACCUGACGACAGAGACUGGGGACAACGAUAUUAAGGAUUAACACUGUUCCUGUAAAGCUGGAGCAGCUGGAAUUCUGGGAGCUGACUGAGAACGGUGGGAGUCAGUGGAAGGUGGAGGACAUGCCGGGUGACAGUGGCUACGACUUCUGCAACGAAGAAGUAACCAAAUACUUUGCAACCUCCUUUGAGCUGUGUCUGAAGAGACAGGUGAUCGACUUGUUAGCAGAGGGUUACUCCUGUGAGCAACUGGACGCUCAGCCUGCCAUCACAGUGGAAGACUGGUACUGUGGGAGGACGGAUUGUGGCUGCUCCUACGAAAUUACUGUGUGUCUGCUGGAUGAGAAUCACGAGGUCAUACAAGACUUCAAACCUGAGCUGGUUAACCUUGACCCAGACUGUGACGACUGUUCGUGGAAACAGUCUGGAGAGGACGCCUCCCCUUGUGCCCAUACCUGCCUGCUUCUCUGGAGGAGUACACUCUGCCUGCCUUCCCUGCUUAUCGUCGAGCCUGCCACCCAGCUGAAUCACUCGCUCUCUGUGAAAGGCCACCCGUCUUUGUCUGCUUCUGGGUUCUGUUUAAACCAUAUCUGACAUUAAUAUUUUGGCAUCUUUUAAACUUCUCUUUUCUCCUGUUUUAUUUUCAGCUAAAGGUUAAGUGUGUAAGUUUUAGUGACAUCUAGUGGUGAGGGUUGCGAAUUGCGCUCGCCCUUCCCUAUCCAAGUGAGUAGGAUAGCUUUGGUGCCUGAGACAGGACAAAAGAGAUUUUCUAUCACAUUACAGUAGCCAGUCAAGAAAUCUGAUUUCUUCUGAUAGAUAUAUUAAGAAAUUAUAUUUACUUAAUUAUUCAGUAAAACAAUAUGUUAUCGUGAAUAUGAUUGUUACUAGUUCAUUAAACAGCAACAACAAUAAAUGAAGUGCUACAUGAUGUCUCACACUCCUGUAACACAUUAUUUUACUGUACUGUAAUCAUACUUUUUGUUACAUCUUGGGAGGGCUGGCUCAUCUGGACUAACAAGAACAUCUCAAAAGCUAUCACAUCUAAUGCAUCAAGGAUGGCCACUGACAGACAACAGAACAAUGUAAGCCUUGCUGUUUCUGUCCAUUAUAAAGAACGUAAUACAUGAAGUUUACAAAGGCAUUGUCAGGUGAGGAUCAAGGUACCUUCUUGCUUUGCUUAAUUAGCUAAGCAAUCUGCAAAUCUUACCAAAACGUCCAUGUUUUU